AGUCCUUCGCCGCUUUUGAACAAAAUAAUCCCUUCAUUUUUCGGAAGGUAUUGGGAAUAGUAUUUCAUUUUUCUCCUUACCGAAACAAUUUUAAAUGUUACUGCGAUGAGAGAAGUUGCCUAUGGGAAGAUAGUUAAACAAUUACGUAAAGAAAGAAGGAUAUCAUAAUAAAGUAUUGCGGAGGAAUUUUUUGUCAAGCUGCGAGACGACGGAGUGAGAAGAGUGAAUGCGAUUGAGAGGGGCUCAGAGAAUUGUCCUCUGUGCAGGGACUUUCUUUAGCCCCAGGCCCCUGCCUGCCCCUAUCGUCAGCAGAGAGAUGGAAACCUUGAUGACCAGUUCCACCCUGCCUCCCCUUUUUGCAGAUGAAGAUGGCUCCAAGGAGAGCAAUGAUCUGGCUACUGCCGGGCUUCCCCACCCUGAGGCUCCAUACGGUCGUGGACCCACAUCAUCCACCACCAAUUCAGAAUUUGUGGAGGAUCUCUCCCAAGGUCAGUUACUUCAGAGUGAGGCCUCAAACACAGCAGACGGCAGUGAACAGAGGCAUGAGGAUGAGCAAAGAAGUAAACGAGGAGGUUGGUCCAAAGGAAGAAAGAGGAAGAAACCUCUUCGAGACAGCAACGCACCCAAAUCCCCCCUUACAGGGUAUGUCCGGUUCAUGAAUGAACGUCGAGAACAGCUUCGAGCAAAGAGACCAGAAGUCCCGUUUCCAGAAAUCACUAGAAUGUUAGGCAAUGAAUGGAGUAAGCUCCCUCCUGAGGAAAAACAGCGCUACCUUGAUGAAGCAGACAGAGACAAAGAGCGUUACAUGAAGGAGCUGGAGCAGUACCAGAAGACAGAGGCCUACAAGGUCUUCAGUAGGAAAACUCAGGACCGGCAGAAAGGCAAAUCUCACAGGCAAGAUGCAACCAGACAGGCCACUCAUGAUCAUGAGAAAGAAACAGAGGUAAAGGAACGGGCUGUUUUUGACAUCCCUAUAUUUACAGAGGAAUUCCUGAACCACAGCAAAGCUCGCGAGGCAGAGCUCCGCCAGCUUCGCAAAUCCAACAUGGAGUUCGAGGAGCGGAAUGCAGCCUUGCAAAAGCACGUGGAGAGCAUGCGCACGGCGGUGGAGAAACUGGAGGUGGACGUGAUCCAGGAGCGCAGCCGCAACGCCGUCUUACAGCAGCACCUGGAGACCCUGCGGCAGGUGCUGACCAGCAGCUUCGCCAGCAUGCCCUUGCCCGGAAGUGGAGAGACACCCACAGUGGAGACCAUUGACUCAUAUAUGAACAGACUGCACAGUAUUAUUUUAGCAAAUCCCCAAGACAAUGAGAACUUCAUAGCUACAGUUCGAGAAGUUGUGAGCAGGCUCGAUCGUUAGGGAAUGGUCUUAGAGCUCCAAGAUUUCUGUAAGUGGUUGUACUUGUGAGGAAUGAGAAGCCAUCUGUGGAAAUUGGAACUGAGUGGAGGCAGAGAGAGAGCACAGAUGACUCUGCUUGUGAAAGAACCACCAGUUACGACUUACAUGCCUUCACCCCAGGAAGCCGUGAGGAAGCAGCAGAAGGACUGUGUGUGAACUUCCUGUGGAAUCGUCCUUGUGAAGCUUUGAAAGUGUGACCACUCUCCCAAGUCUUCAGUUUCCUGUCAUCUGCUUCUCUGUUAAGUGGCUCUGCAUAUAUUCUGCUGACUAGGUGGCGUUGAGACUGACAUCCGCAGCAAAAGGAGGUCUUCUCAUUGUUCCACUUCAGACGGGACCCUCUUACCAGUGGCGCUCUGCUUUUCUACCUACCUGUCACUUUUUAAUGCCUUUGGGGGUUAUCUUGUUAUUCCUUUCACCCCCACAAAGUGACGCAUCUCCAUGUUCUGAGCCCUGGGCAUUGUUGCUUGGCAGGGUCCUAGAGGAGAGUUUCUCUUACUGGGCCCACUCUGUCCCACUGUGGUCCUGCUGUGACUGCAGAGAAAGGCGCUUCUUGUUGGCCGUGUCCCGUGGGCCAGGCCCUGUUGACUCCCCCAGGGCACGGCCCACGGGCCUGAGUGCGGCCCUGAAGUCUGUGCCCCAUCCUUCCUCCCAGGCCCUACCUGCUGUUUCCUGAGCUUCACUCCUGCACGUACCCAGCUUCCCAGCCCAGCAAGGCUCUUCUGUUCCCUUCUGGUGGCAGUGUCUUGUGGAGCAUUUUUUGCUGAGGAAAAGGCCUUAGGUAAAUAGGAGAGAACAGGAGAAGUAGUUCCUCGUUUGGCAGAGGAGAAAAAAAAACCCAAAGUUUUAUCAUGAGUGAAAACUGAGGGAAUCCCAGGUGUGCUGGUUCGUGGCUAUCACAAGUCUCGAGCUGACAAAGGACACGAAGGAAUUCUUAGGUCCUUUGUUUCUUUCUGUAGUCAUAACUGUAGAAUCCAUCUCCAAAGGAAAAGCUGCCCUUCAUUCUCCCCCUUUAGUGAAUGAAUGUUUUUUUUCAAACACCAAGAGGGAAGAGGGGUUUCCGAUUCUCCUCUCAGAUGUGGUCUGGUUUUGAUGCUUUGCACGCCGAGGCUGAUGGUUGCACUGAGACCUUUGGAACGAAAGUCAGGCAUGCAGAGCCCACCGUCCAGGCACCAUGCCACUGACGCAGGGGGACGUGUGGCCUCCGUACAGCAUGCCCCCAGCCGGGGUGUAAGCCGUUGUGUCCUCUCAGCACCCCCACCUGAUUUCUUCAGUAGCCCAAAGGAAAUAAAACAACAAAACAGACUUUUUUUAAAUGUCUGCUAUGAACAUACAUCAAAUUUCCAUGGACUGAAGCCCACAUGUCACCACUUGGCACUUUUUUAGAAUAAGAGCCCAUCAUUAUCUAUUGCUAUAAACCUAGCCAACCCACCUGCUUUUUUCUGUAUUUUCCUGUUUUCCCGCUCUCACCUGCUGGUCCUGUCAAACUUCUCUCGGAUUCUUUGCCUGCUGAGUCUAAGCUGGAACACAGUGUCUGCAGCAGAAAGACACCCAGCCAGUUCUGGAAGGUUUUGUGUCUGCCAGAUGCUCCCAUCCUUUCUUCCUUCCUCCUAAUCCUUCUCUGUUUCUCCUGUGUUACUUUUGAGCAGUUUCUUUAGAGACCGUUAAGCAGGAAAGCCUGUAACUUAGUCCAAACGUCAUCAUGCUCCUGGCUCUUCCUGACAUUAACUUGAAACAUUCACAUGUUCAGAAACGCGCCAGAUCUUGAGGGAGCCUCCAGUGUGCAGUCGUUUUCACAAAAUAAGCAGCCUGCCUUCGAUACGCUGGCUCUCCCAGCAGCCACGCACCCAGCUUCCUAGGGGCAGGGAUUCAGCUGCCACAGCACCAUCGGGGCAGGUCCGUGCUGCCUCCUGCUUUCUGGGCCCAAGCAGCAGGCGGUAAGUGAGCUUACAGGCUAACGUGACACCUAAUCCGUGUCCUCCAAUAAGCUUGUAGAUAUGGCUGCACUUACAUGUUCUCAAGAAAUAAGUUGUUGCCUGUUCAGUGUUACAGAUUUAUUUCCUUUUAUUGAAACACAAGGAGCAGCUGAGGAAAAUGAAACAAAGUGUUCUAUUUCUGACAAGAUUGUAGGAAAAAAAUUGUGUACAUGUGUUUGGAACUGUUGAAAUGCCAAGUUUUCUGUACAAGUGUUUUUGUAAUUAAACUCUUAGAUUGUCUUUGUUUUUUGAAGAAGUGAGUGUGCUUGCUUGACAUUUGCCUUAUUAAAACUUUUCUGUUGAAUCCA